AUUCUCGUACAUUGUGUGCUUGUGCUUAGCACAUAUUCAUGUCAGGUCAAUUUCAUGGCAUGCUUAGUUUUGGCCGGCCAACGAGCUGACCCGGCCCACAGCCAGCUCUAGGCACAUUUACCAUUGGUUCCACUUUCCUAGAUUUGGUGUAAACGAAUAUACCGUUAAAUGUUGAUGCCUCCUUGGACACAUUGAUUUAAGUAUAGCAUUAUGCCGAAUAAUUUAUGCGGUACUAGAAAGUUGACACCGACCCACCAUUUUCAAGCCAAACAAUAUUCCACAAGAAGCAAAUCAGAAAUCCUGCAUCUCCAAGGUCCAGAUCUUCCACAAUUUCUCUGUGAACAACAAUGUCGACCUUCAAAGUUUCUCGCAUUGAAACCAGGCCUUUUGAUGGACAGAAACCAGGCACUUCUGGUCUCCGUAAGAAGGUCAAAGUAUUUGCACAAACUCAUUACUUACAAAAUUUUGUUCAAGCCACUUUCAAUGCCCUCACAUGUGAUAAGAUAAAAGGAAACACACUAGUUGUUUCUGGCGAUGGGCGUUAUUACUCCAAAGAUGCUAUCCAGAUAAUUAUUAAGAUGUCAGCUGCAAAUGGAGUGAGACGUGUUUGGGUUGGUCAAAAUGGAUUGCUUUCGACACCUGCUGUAUCAGCUGUCAUACGUGAAAGAGUUGGGACUGAUGGAUCCAAGGCUUCUGGAGCAUUCAUAUUAACUGCAAGUCAUAAUCCUGGAGGCCCUACUGAGGACUUUGGAAUCAAGUAUAACAUGGAAAAUGGAGGACCUGCUCCUGAGGGAGUCACAGACAAGAUUUAUGAGAACACAACUACCAUAAAGGAGUACCUGAUUGCUGAAAAUUUACCUGAUGUUGACAUAUCUAAAAUAGGCUCAACCAACUUUUCUGGGCCUGAAGGAGAGUUUGAGGUUGAAGUUUUCGAUUCAACUGAUACCUAUGUGAAUUUGAUGAAGUCAAUUUUUGAUUUUGAGGCAAUUAAAAAGCUGCUUGCUUGUCCGAAAUUCACAUUCUGUUAUGAUUCUCUUCAUGGAGUUGCUGGUGUGUAUGCUAAGCGUAUAUUUAUAGAAGAGCUUGGUGCCAACGAGAGCUCACUUUUGAAUUGUACUCCAAAGGAAGAUUUUGGUGGAGGCCAUCCUGAUCCCAAUUUGACUUAUGCUAAGGAGUUGGUUCAGCGCAUGGGAUUGGGUAAAAACUCCGAAGUUGAACCACCUGAAUUUGGUGGUGCUGCUGAUGGUGAUGCUGAUCGUAACAUGAUCCUGGGUAAAAGGUUUUUUGUGACCCCAUCUGAUUCUGUUGCUAUUAUUGCUGCCAAUGCGGUAGAAGCAAUUCCAUACUUUUCUGAUGGUCUGAAGGGAGUUGCAAGGAGCAUGCCUACUUCUGCUGCUCUGGAUGUUGUUGCAGAAGCUCUAAACUUGAAGUUCUUUGAGGUGCCCACCGGCUGGAAAUUUUUCGGUAAUCUGAUGGAUGCUGGGCUAUGUUCAGUAUGUGGCGAAGAGAGUUUUGGAACUGGCUCUGAUCAUGUACGUGAGAAGGAUGGAAUUUGGGCUGUAUUGGCUUGGCUAUCUAUUCUUGCUCAAAAGAACAAGGAGAAACUCAAUGGAGAAAAGCUUGUGACUGUUGAAGACAUUGUCCGUCAACAUUGGUCCACCUAUGGUCGACAUUAUUAUACUAGAUAUGAUUAUGAGAAUGUUGAUGCAGGUGGUGCGAAAGAACUUAUGGCACAUUUGGUCAAUCUGCAAUCUGACCUUCCACAAGUUAACAAAAUCGUGAAGGAAGCAAAUUCAGCAGUUUCUAAUGUGAUCAAAGGUGACGAAUUUGAAUACAAGGAUUCUGUUGAUGGUUCAGUUUCUAAGCAUCAGGGUAUUCGCUAUUUCUUUGAAGAUGGCUCGCGAUUGGUGUUUCGUCUUUCGGGAACUGGCUCUGAAGGAGCAACAAUUCGGGUGUACAUUGAACAAUAUGAAAAAGACUCCUCAAAAACUGGCAGAGAUUCUCAGGAAGCACUUAAACCUCUCGUGGAAGCUGCUCUGAGGCUUUCUAAGAUGCAAGAAUUCACUGGGAGGUCCGAGCCAACAGUUAUCACAUAAUUCAAGUUUUUCAGAAGGUCCAAUUUGAGUCCAAAAUUCUACAAAUUGUGUGCCGUCUUUCUUUAGAGGCAAUACUAAUUUUGGGCUAUAUAUUUCGAUGUUGUAAGAAAAGAGGGAGCUCAUUGUUGAACACCUUUGAGUUCCAGAGUUGGCAAUAGGCAACUCCAGUACAGAUUAUCAGUCCUUUUGCUUGAGUUCUUGAGUUGAGCACUCGAUGAAGGAUUUAAAAUUAAA